AGGUUACUUGUUGUAUUUCACUUCCUGUUUGGUGUUGGUCAGCACGUUAAGCUUCCUAAAGAAGGAACAUGGCAGCGGUAGCGCCAGUCGAGGAAUACCCGCAGGAGAUAGACGAACAGCUGACGAGCUUUGAUUCUUCGGUGAAUGCGGUGAAAACAAUGUUGGAGAAGCUGAUCUCCAUUUCGAGAAACGACCAGAUGCAAAAGCUGGAUCCUUUGGAUCAAGCCAAGCUGGAUCUGAUGUCUGUCUAUACUCUUAAUUCCUUGUUCUGGAUGUACUUGGUGACAAAGGGGAUCAACCCAAGAGAACAUGGAAUCAAACAGGAGCUGGAGCGCAUAAGGACGUAUAUGAACAGAGUGAAGGAGAUUACAGACAAGAAGAAAGCUGCACGUCUAGACAAGGGAGCUGCUUCACGUUUCUUGAGAAAUGCUCUGUAUGAUCCUGAGGAAAAAGAGCAAAAAAAAGCUGCGUCCAAGAAGUCGGCGGAUACGGACUCUGAAGCGCCUCAUAAGAAACGGCCUAAACAGAGCUGAUGAUGAGGAAGAUGCUCCUCUGUCGGGUCCAACUGCGUGCGCUCAAAGAAGGGCUGAUGGACACUGCUGUUCAAACUGCAGGUUAAGAGACUGUAAAUAUUUGAAGGAGUUCAGUUGUUGGACAGCGGUGGCCCUGGGUGAUCUCUAGGAGUUCACUGGAUGUUCUGGAGAUAAAAAAGCUACUUUGUCUUGUAGGCUUGUCAGGUUUGGCUGCUGUGGGGGCAUUUCUUUGUCUCUUAUUGCUGACAGCAUCAUUGUGACUUGAAGCUGAUAUCAACCUGAC